GAGUUACCUGGGAAAGAAAGGAAUUACAUAUGUUAUACAUAGAAAUAAAUGCCUCAUUUUAUAACUGGACUGGAUUGCAGGGCUUCAUGAAAGCCUUAAGUAGAGCACUAUAUGAAAUUGCAGGGCCUGAUGUUACUGGUGGCUGACCAUCUGUCUCCACGGGCUUUCAAAUCAAUAGAGCAGCACUUUUAUUAGGGGCAUGCAGUCUAUGUGGUGGCACUUUUAGUAGGUGAGCUAGAUGAACCUUCUAGCUUUUCAGGCUGAGAUAAAAGCAUACACAAAAAAAGAGGCAACUUCUCAAGUUAACAUGAAUGUGUUAACUCAAAUACUUUAAUGUCGUGUGUCAGGGAGCUGAGUUUUCCCUUCAUUUUCCAUGUCCAGGGAAGGAGCAAAUACCUGGCCGCAGAGAAACAAGUAAGUUGCCUAAAGUAACAGCAAACAGUAGUGGAGACUAGUCAGGCUCCAGAUCUCUCCUGUCCCUUUGCUUUAAUCAGAAAUCACUUCCUCCCCACCACCCCCCCAAAUCUGCAUCGAAUGUAACCGGAGUGAAGGACAACUGUUGUUUUCACUAUACAGACCCCACUCCUGCAAGCGGGGCUAUGCACGUGGCCUUCCUAUGUCGCCAGGAGGCUCUGUGGCCUUCACUGGGACACUGCAUAGGGCUUCCUAGCCCGCGUCCUCGCAGCUGCGUUUUCAGCUUCCUCCAUCUAACUCUGGACUGUGGAGUGCACUCUGACAAAAUGUUGUGAUUUAAAAGAUGGCAUCAAAGUGGUAUUAAUCUUUGGAGUGCUACUGGACUUUUCCCUUGUGUAGGAUAUGAAAAAGGAGAGAUUUUAGCCCUGCGAGAUUAAACAAUCACCAUGGUUUAAAGGGCUUAAUCCGCGGGCAUGCAGGCUGCUGGCUUAUAAGCCUCCAAGUCUGAGUGUAAUUGGACGCAGCAUUGGAUUCGGUCGUGUGGGCUUUUCCUGGGCUUUUUGUUUGUGUCUUCAUUUUUCACAUGCAAUGGAGUAGAAGCGGUCUUUCCCUUGAAAUGUGUUUGGACAUGAAGCUAUAAAGCUGCCUGCCAGCCGGUAUUUCAUCCAUACCUCGCUGGAUGCCACAGCGUGGGGAGGGGGCUCUCCAGGGGGAAGGCUGCUCAGUGUAUGAAUUCAGGCUAUUGUUUCAGGCACACAUCUGCCUUAAGAAAUAGCACGGCACAGGCCGUUACUUAUUCAGAUGCAGAAGCUCCUUCCAUCCCACAAGACGGCCCAUUCAGGUCACAUGCCUGAGGUCUCGGCAGAAUGGACUGCAGCUGCUUCAAAUCUGCUCACUAACAUUAGAAGCAGUUGGACAAACUGUACCGUACUGACUGCAGUGAGCCUGCCGGGCGCCGAGGAAGACAGGGAAAAGAUUUGGGAUCCCAGCGCUAUGUUCUCUGAGGAGCUGUGGCUCGAAAAUGAGAAGAACUGUGCGGUGGUUCACAAGUCGAAGCGUGGAAGGAAACGCCAAGAGCUCCUGGCCGUGGCCUUGGGGGUGAAGGUGGGAGUAAAGGGGGCACUUUUGUGGCAACCUCUGAAACUCUUUGCCUAUUCACAGAUCACCUCCUUGGUCAGAAGAGCAGCCUUAACUCAGAAUGACAACCAUUUCAACUAUGAAAAAGCACACAAUUUUAAGGUCCACACAUUUCGAGGUCCGCACUGGUGCGAAUACUGCGCCAACUUCAUGUGGGGUCUCAUCGCUCAGGGAGUGAGAUGUUCAGACUGUGGGUUGAACGUACACAAGCAGUGCUCCAAAUACGUGCCCAACGACUGUCAGCCAGACCUCAAGAGGAUAAAGCGAGUGUACUGUUGUGAUCUGACCACACUAGUGAAAGCCCACAACACCCAGAGGCCGAUGGUUGUGGAUUCAUGCAUCCGAGAGAUUGAAGCAAGAGGUUUGAAGUCUGAGGGCCUCUACAGAGUUUCAGGCUUCACUGAGCACAUUGAAGAUGUGAAAAUGGCCUUUGAUCGAGAUGGUGACAAGGCUGAUAUUUCUGCCAGUAUCUAUCCAGAUAUAAACAUUAUUGCUGGAGCACUGAAGCUAUACUUCAGAGACUUACCGAUUCCUGUGAUUACCUAUGACACCUAUUCCAAGUUCAUAGAGGCAGCAAAAAUCUCCAAUCCUGAUGAACGACUAGAAGCAAUCCAUGAAGUGUUGAUGUUACUCCCUGCUGCUCACUACGAGACACUUAGAUACCUAAUGAUUCAUCUCAAAAAGGUCACUUUGCAUGAAAAGGAGAAUUUCAUGAAUGCUGAAAACCUGGGAAUAGUGUUUGGGCCUACUUUAAUGAGACCUCCAGAGGACAGUACCCUUGCUACUCUGAAUGACAUGCGGUACCAGAAGUUAAUUGUGCAAAUUUUAAUAGAAAAUGAAGAUGUUCUCUUUUAGACUGAUAGAGACAUAUCUUCAUAGCCAUUUAUUUUGAAAUAAUUAGUUUGAAGGAAAAAUACAUUUCUUUACAAUUUUUAAAAAAUAAAGGAAAAGUUCCUUGGCUGCACUUCAAUUUCUGCAAAGUUGCAGAUAGAUGCCAAAAUGCUUAGGGAAAGCCUAUGUCUCAUAGACAUAUGCCUCUUUCUAGAAGGGAAAAAAAGGUCAGAAAAAAUCCUCUUACCUUGUAUCUUUUGCCUUGUCGCAGAUGUAUAUUUGUUUUGAGAAGUUGCAAACAAUUUUAUUGUUAACUUAUUAAGAAACACAAAACAUAUUUUAAUACGGCUAGAGAAGCAAAAAGGUACUUAAUCAGUAUUACUUGUAUACAGCUAUACAUUUUCCCUCUCCAUAAGACAUAAUUAUAUAUGUCAAUUGUGAAACAGAACCUAUAUUAUAAAGAUAUUUUUACUUUACCUGAAGAAUGGCAUUUUAUUUUAGCAAGCUAGAAAUCAAUGCGGUGCAUUGAUUAUUUUCCACAUAAUUCUCUCCUGCAUUUUUGCUAUGAUAUAUUGAAAACAAUUACCACUAAUGCAGUAUUAUCCUGACAUACCUCUUUCAUUGCAAAUGUUUUAAAGGAGAAUUCUUUUCUUAUGUGUAUUCCAACUUUCUUUAAGUUUCUUUCUUUAUAUUUUAGGCACAGGCAUUCUAAGAUUGUAUAGUACACUUUUAUCCAUUUAGUCUUUCCAAAAACGUGUAGCGUUUUCUCUUGUUUUUCUUUUUUUUACUCCCAUGUAAAAUGUGGUAUUGAGAAAUUUCGAAAGUCCUGGUGGUAGUAAUCAGUUUCACAUGCCAGAUUUUUCUUGGAUUACAGUAAUACGUAAGUUAAGUGAUGCUGGGACACUGGAUAUUUUCUGGCCUUGCUGAAAAGUUAGCACUUUUUUGGAUUAAUUAUGAAGGAUUUGGUUUUUCUGUAAAAAUCAAGCUAUGUUUUGUCAUGUUUCUGUAUUUAUAAACGUACAGUAAAUCUGCUGAAAAUGUAGGUAUUUCUCUUGAAUGUGUUUCCUGAUGGUUUGUUUUAAAAAAACAAGAAUGUGUAAGAAAUGUGGGAGUUGGUAAAUUUAAUUAUUACCAAAUUUUAAUAUGUUUCUGCCCUCAUAAACAUUGACCUACAGAGUUCAUAGUCUAACUGCAACUUAUUCCUAAUGUUAAAACUUUUUCUCAGCAUGAGAUGUUUCUGCAAGCAUAGCAAAUCAGCAUACUUUACUACCAAACUCAAUUUUCAAUACAAAAAAAUAUAAUAAUCCCUCAUCUUGAUCGUUUGAAUCAUAUGCUUGGUAACUCAGUGAUGCAGUUUCCUGAAUUAUUUCAGGGAGCACUUGUUUCUAUUCAAAUUGAAAAAUAUGUGUAACUAUGAUAAUGAAGGGAGGUGGAGGGUAUUACUGUAAAUUUGUUGUCUUCUAGAGAAAUAACUAAGGGCUAGAUAGAUUAACCCAGAUUGCAGAGCAAAUGCUAAAUAGUCUGAGUACCGAAUACUUCUAUAGAUCCUCCUGAAUUGUACAGGACUAUUUGUUGUAGGUUAUGUACUACUUAAUACUGUCAUAAAAAUGAUCUGGAAAUGGUUUUAUUUUGUGAAGUGAAAUAUGCUUUGUAAUUUAUGAUAGUGUAAAUGGAAGGAAAAUCCCAUUAAAUGUGUUAAAGAGUU